GUCAAGGUGGGCGAAGUCCGUCAAAGCAGCGGCUCACGGGGAGCUGUCAGCCUUCAGCAGGCCGCGCGACGCCCUCGAGGCAUCUCCACCGGUCUUCUCGUGGAAGCUUUCGGACUUCGCGACGUGCCGUGUCGGCUUCGGGAGCUUCGAACUCAGACGGCGCGAGGGAGACGGAGAUCCGGCUGAGCCCGAGACAUGGCACUUCACAUGCCAGGCCACGAAACUGGACAAAACUCUGUCGCAGAAGAAGGCGAAAGGAGGUUACAGUCAUGUCCACGUUGACGAGUGGCAUGGGUGGGAUCUUGACGUGUCCGAUGCCCCUCGCUGGGUAGAGCUCCUGUCCCAGACGGCGCAGGACGUCCUCGAGGCAGAGGCCGAAGAGGCCAAGGCCGUCGAAGGGCACUCGGUACCGGCGUUGCCUGCAAGGAUUCUCGAGGAGGCGCGAUGCGCCGCCCAACCGGCCCUUUCUUUGCGGAUGGACUCCACAAGCCUGGAGCAGGCCUUCGGUCCUGCAUCUGGCCGACGCAUGGGUGCAGAACGACUGAGGAAAGCGCUUGGCUACGAGGCCGGGGAGGCCUGCAGUAGCGACACGACGUGUUCGGAUUCGGAAGCUGAGACGACCAGCUGCGAGACGGAGUCGAUCUGUUCAAGCAGUGCCAUGCUUGCUCGAAACAGAGAGACCGAGGAGCCCGAGAUCGCCGCGACCGUCUCCACGCUUCCAGAACUUGAGAUCGCUCUCAGACGACAGCUUCGACGCUUCGAGCAGGCACUACAAGCAACGGAGGCGGAUUGCCAGGAGCUCCAAUGCUACUUCGGCAUUGACACCGCGGAGUGGUGCAGGAAAGAUUUGAGCACAAAUGCCUGCCGACUGCUGGAAUCGCUGAGUGACUUCGUGGUGCAGAUCAGAGGCGCCUGGGAAGACUUGGAGAAGCAUGCCCAGUCAAAGCACGGGCGGCUCUCUUCGGAGACUCCCCGGAAGACGCCGCGAAAGACGUCCAGGGAAGCCUCCUCGCAGUCGUCUCUGCAGCCAUCAGUACAGGAGCUGCAGAUUAUUCGGCCGGCUGUUGCAUCUGUGCCGCAGGAUGCUGACCAACUGCGUGAGUCACAGCGGCUCAAUCAAAUGCGGGAGUGGCAUCGUCUCGUGUCCAUGUCCCGGCGUCGGUAA